AUGGGCAAAACUUCAAAAGACAAACGAGACAUUUAUUAUCGCUUAGCAAAAGAAGAAGGAUGGAGAGCGAGGAGUGCUUUCAAAUUGUUACAAAUCGAUGAAGAAUUCGAUAUAUUUAGUGGUGUGAAGCGAGCUGUUGACCUUUGUGCGGCACCAGGAAGUUGGAGUCAAGUCCUUACCAGGCUUCAGGUUCGCAUAGUCGCAGUUGAUCUGCAACCAAUGUCACCUUUACCAGGCGUUAUACAACUUCAAGGGGAUAUUACUGAGAAAUCGACUGCUGAAGCAAUUAUUUCUCAGUUCAAUGGCAUCAAAGCAGAUUUAGUUGUGUGUGAUGGUGCUCCUGAUGUCACUGGACUUCAUACGCUUGACGAAUUCAUGCAGAGUCAACUUAUUUUCGCGGUAAUUAUAUUCAGUUAUUUUAAUUAUUUAAAAAUAAAUAAAAAUAACUUAAAUAUCUUAAUUUUUAUUUUUCGCGCAAAAAAUAUAACACUGCUUUAUGCUCAACUUCGCUUUUUCUUUAAAGAAGUAUAUUGUGCGAAACCAAGAAGUAGCAGACAAAGCAGUUGCGAGGCGUUUGUUGUGUGCAAAAAUUUUUUUUUGCCAGAAGGCUAUAAGCCAACAAUGAAUAAUCCUCUUCUUGCGCCUAUACUGGUUCCUUUUCUUGCUUGUGGUGAUCUUUCUGGAUGGAACUCUGACCGUACUUAUGAAUUGGAUUUGCCAGAAAUAACAGGAAAAUUUGAAAAACAGCGGUAUGUCUACAAACCUGUUGUUCAGCCUCCAACUGAACCAGCAUAUAAGAAUAUUAAAGUAUAUUUUCUUUAUAUCGCUAAAAAAUCAGAAAAGAGAGAAUUAUCAAAAACACAUCAAGAAAAUGAAACUUCAUGUUCCACAGGAAAUAUAGGUAUAACUGAUGAGUUAGCAGAAGCUUUUGCCGAUUGUUUUAUAAAUGAAUGA